UCGGCGCCGAUCCACAGUUAGCAAGGACUGGCCUGUGAUUGUGCUGGGCGGAAAUGUCUAUCGUCAGGAAUCUCUGUGUUGCUGCUUGUGUGUGGCCCACCUUGUAGCGCGGCCUCAGUUCUCAAAGUCAACUGGAUUUUAGAAAAAACAAAGUUACUUGAAUUUAAGAUUGCCCUGGAACAUUCAGUAAGACAGAUGGGUUGCGAACAAUAGAAAUAUAAGCAAAAUGUUGUCAAUGUGUCAAGCAGCGUAUGUGGAGAGAGAAACAGACUUAAUGUCUCAGGUUAAAGACCCUUCAUCAGAAUGCAGAGAACUUUGAUUUUUAUCAUCAAGAACCUUAAAUUGGCCCUUAUAGAGCUUCACGUGAUGUGGCGAAGGGAGAACGUAUUGGACAAAGUAAGAGAAAUCUUGCAGAGGAAAGGCUACACAGAUAUUGAAUGCAUUGGCCAAGGUGGAUUCGGUAUUGUAUACAAGGCGUUCCGCAGCCUUGAGGAGAAAGUCUACGCGCUGAAAUGCAUCCACCUUCCGCACAGUAGGAAGUGUGCUGAAAGUUCCUUUCUGACCGAGGUGAAGGUUCUCUCGAAGCUAAACCACAGGAACGUUGUGCACUAUCACGAUGCUUGGAUUGAGGAACUGGAUUGCCCGGAGACUGCUGAACAGAGUGAACACUCCGAGUCCGAUCUUUGCGACAGCUCCUGGGAUUCCAUCCUUGCAAUGGCACCUCCAGCAUGUGAAGCGUCUGUGGAAUGGACAGAUAGCAAUCCAGAUGGAUGCCAAGAGAAUCAGCCGGCCUUGUCUUCAGUUGCACAAUGUGAAACUCCAGCAGGUGUUGUGAGGAGGUCAGAGACGGGAAGUUCAGUGCCUGAGUACUGUUGUGGAGUUCAGAACUCCGUGAAGAAAUCUCAUGGCAAAGAAAAUGUGAAGAAUUUCCAGUUUCUCUUCAUUAAGAUGGAUUUUUGCGAGAUGACACUUGAAAAAUGGAUUGAAAGUCACUGCCACACAUGCAUCAACUACAAAAGUUGUUCGAAAAUAAUCAAGGAGAUGCUUCAAGGUUUAAGAUACAUCCACAGUCAGGGCAUCAUACAUCGAGACCUGAAGCCUGGAAACAUAUUUAUUGACAAAGAUGGAAGUGUGAAAAUUGGAGAUUUUGGUUUGUCCAGAUUCUGUACAUCACAGGGAUGUACAGAUCACAGGAAUGAAACGGAUGCACAGAUGGAGCUGGAGACAGGCUCUGAGAAGCUUACAGCAAAUAUCGGAACAUAUGGCUACCUGGCUCCAGAAGUUAGAACGAGGCAGCACAAGGCAAUGUACAACUCGAAGGCCGAUAUGUACAGCUUUGGGAUGGUAAUUCUGGACAUGCUGUUUCAAUGCACAGCUCAAGAACGUCAGAAGUGGCGGGAUAGGAUUCAGCAAUGCACCUCACGGUGCUACAUACACAAGCUUUUUGUUGACAAAACAAAGAAUUUCCUAUUGCGGCCAGAAUUCUUGAGCUUGCUGCAGACAUGUGGAGAGUUGUUGCAAGAUGACCCUCUAAAGCGGCCCAGUGCUGAAGAGAUCCUUCACAGUAAGGACAUGGGACUGCUGCCUGAGGAAAGAACCAGACUAGAAGAGAUACUGAAUCAAACUCUUUCAUCCCCAGAUAAAGACACACACAAAGAAACAAUCAGGUUGAUUUUUGAGCGGCUUGUUGGGAAAGUCUCCAAGGAUCAACAGUUGGCUUACUAUUGUGCACUCAGUGAGAUUAUGGACCUGGUCUUCACCAUCUCAUCAUCCAGGCCAUGGCGAUCUGUUGAAAGAGAGCUGAAACGAAUAUUUCAGAAGCAUGGUGCUGUUCCUGUGGAUAUUCCUGAAAUUAUUCCAUUCAGUGUGGGGACAUCCUGCCGCUGUGACAUCACAACAAUGCUGUCUAGUGAUGGGUACAUUUAUGAAAUGACUCUGGAUCACAAGGUGCCCCUUGUACGUUUUGUUCAUAAAAACAACAUAAGCGAAAUGAAAAGGUACUGUGUGAAGAAAAGGUUUCUUCCGAAUGGACUUCCUUAUCAAAUGCACUGUGCAUUUGAUAUCAUCGAUCAUGAGCAGGACUCCAUCUUCGCUGUUGCAGAGUUAAUUCAAAUUGUGUCUGAGGUUGUGAGCAAGUAUCCUUUAGCUGGGAAACAGUAUGGACAUCUGAUUAUUAGUCACACAUUUUUUGAAGAAACCCUCUUCAACAAUCAGAGUCCAGAAUGUGGUUCACAAGAGCACUGUCCAAAGGCUUGUGUUGGGAUGUCAUUCGAUGCUGCCACCCAACAACUGGAAAACUUCUUGCAGUUCCAUCCUCAGCUUGGUGAUGCUAUUACUCAGUGUUGGGAAUCACUGACACUUCUACAGAAGCUAUUUGUUGAUUCUGCUUUCACUGUAAAGGUUGGAAGCUUGCGUGCUACAGAUAAAUUAAACCUGAAGCACUAUGAAGGUGUCCUGUUUGCCUUGUGCAAUGCAGCUGGAUCGGAUGUCCUUGUGUUCGGGGGCCAGUAUACAAAACUACUCCGAAGUUUUGAUGACUCCUAUGGGGUGUUGCCCAACUUGUCUGCCGCUGGCCUGAACAUCGAUCUCCAGAAACUCGUAGAAGCAGCAACAAACACAAAGAGACCUGGAAGGAUGGACAAAAUCUGUAUUCAUUGCAGUCCUGACGCAUGCCCAGAAAUCUGCUUUAACUUGGCGAGGAAAUGUUGGGAAGCAGGCAUACGUGUUAGAUUGAUGACCCGACUUAAUGAGAAAAAUAUCACAGCUGAGAGUCUCGAAAGGGGCAAGAUAUUUGUCCUACAGCUUCAAGGUAAAACAAACUUAAAGGUGUUGCUAUAUGAAGGAGGGAAAGUUUCAACUCUAAACAGCAUAAAGGAGCUUUUGCAACAUGCCAAAAGGACCACUAAACUGACGCUCCCAAGGUGCUCAGCAAAGAAACGCCGUUACUUCAAGAAGCAAUCCAGAAGACUAGGGCCACAUUAUCCUGUGGGAUAGGGGAGAAAUGUCAUCAAACUAUUGAGUACAAUGGAACUCUAAAAGUUAUCAGAAUAUGCCAGUUAUUAAUAUAUCCAACUUUUAGUGGUAACUUGAAAUCUUAUUUUCUUUGGAACAAUGAAUUAUGUAGACAAUAAACAAAUUAAAACUGCAACAAAAUCUUUAAAACAUAGGUUCCCGUAAGUUCCUUUAUAGUGUUGUCUAGAACUCAAGUCCAAUUUAUUGUCAUAUGCACAAGUACAGUGAAGUACACAUACAAUGAAAAACCUGCUUCCAGCAGCAUGUAGCGGUUAGUGUAAUGCUUUACAGCGCCAGCGACCCGGGUUCAAAUCCGGCCACUGUCUGUAAGGAGUUUGUACGUUCUCCCCGUGUCUGCGUGGGUUUCCUCCAGGUGCCCCGGUUUCCUCCCACAUUCCAAAGACGUACGGGUUAGGAAGUUGUAGGCAUACUAUGUUGGCGCCGGAAGCGUGGCGACACUUGCGGGCUGCCCCCAGAACACUACACAAAAAGAUGUAUUUGACUGUGUGUUUCGAUGUACAUGUGACUAAUAAAGAUAUCUAUCUAUCUAUCAUAGGCACAUAGAUUCAGACAACAACACAUAGGAGAUAAGUUACACAUAAAUUAUACAAGACGCUGAAGAAAAAAAGAACUGUUCAAAACAAGAUAUUAGUGCAAAAAAAACAAUCAGAACUCACUUUAUUAUUUU